AUGGCUUGGCUUAUGUGGCUGGUGCUGCUACCGCUAGCGCACUUCGCGGGCGUCGCCGAAGCGAGUAACCCGCUCGCCAGUCAGGAUCACGAAGCCAGAGCCCAGGCGCUAUUCGACGCAUGGUCACAAGCGUACGGCCUCGAUAAUGCCUCCACCCUCCUCCCCCCUGCGCCGCUCGUCCUUCCCCCCAACGUUCCCCCUCCUUCCCACCUCGAAGACUGCUCCGUGCGCACCGCUGCGCGCCAGGCGGCGGAAGAGCGGGGGGAGGGCGGAAGCCUCCCCGCAUGGGCGCGCGCGGAGUCUGGGGAGUGCUGCGGAGGCAGUGACGGGGAUGCGGGGGAGGGGGACAAGGGCGAGAGUGGGGAAAGCGGGGGAAGCGGGGAUGAUGGGAGGGGGUGCUGCAAGUGCGGCCCUCAGCCACCAUGGAACCCUUUUUUGGAUUCUUGUCCCCUCUUAAGGUGCCUCACCAGUCCCUUCCCUCCCCCCUCCCCCUCCCCCUCCCCCUCCCCUUUCCUCUUGCCUCAUCCCUCCCUCCUCAUCCAGAUAAGGGGCUCCGACGCGGCCAAUCUCGCGAUGACACGUGGCGUGCAGCGCGACAUGUGGCGGCACCAGUUCCCCGCCAGCUGUACCGGGCGGCGGCUGAUGCUGUCGCGCUGGCCGGGGCUGCACCAUGGCAUGGGCAGCAUGGUGCAUGUGGUGGGGGCGUAUCUCAGCAUUGCCAUGCGCAGCAACCGCACCCUCGUGUUAAUUCCCGGCACUUUUGAACGAGCCGGGCGCGAAUGUGAAGGUGAAUGGAGAGGUGUGGGUAGGGGGAGGGAAUGGGAGGUAGGUGGGAAGAUGCUGCCUGCACCAUGGCAUGGCAUGGGCAGCAUGGUGCUUGUGGUGGGGGCGUAUCUGAGCAUUGCCAUGCGGAGUAAUCGGACCGUCGUGCUCAUGCCAGGGACUUUUGAGCGAGCCGGGCGCGAGUGUGAAGGUGGGUAUGAGAACGGGAGCAUUGCCAUGCGGAGUAACCGCACUCUCGUGCUCAUGCCCGGGACCUUUGAACGCGCUGGGCGCGAGUGUGAAGCAGUGGGAGUGCUACUUCCUCCCCAUCACCUCCCCAUCACCUCCCCAUCACCUCCCCAUCACUUCCCCAUCACUUCCCCAUCACCUCCCCAUCACCUCCCCAUCACCUCCCCAUCACCUCCCCAUCACCUCCCCAUCACCUCCCCAUCACCUCCCCAUCACCUCCCCAUCACCUCCCCAUCACCUCCCCAUCACCUCCCCAUCACCUCCCCAUCACCUCCCCAUCACCUCCCCAUCACCUCCCCAUCACCUCCCCAUCACCUCCCCAUCACCUCCCCAUCACCUCCCCAUCACCUCCCCAUCACCUCCCCAUCACCUCCCCAUCACCUCCCUUCACCUCCCCUUCCACCUAUUCCCGUCUCCUCCCCUCCCGUCUCCUCCCCUCCCGUCUCCUCCCCUCCCGUCUCCUCCCCUCCCGUCUCCUCCCCUCCCGUCUCCUCCCCUCCCGUCUCCUCCCCUCCCGUCUCCUCCCCUCCCGUCUCCUCCCCUCCCGUCUCCUCCCCUCCCGUCUCCUCCCCUCCCGUCUCCUCCCCUCCCGUCUCCUCCCCUCCCGUCUCCUCCCCUCCCGUCUCCUCCCCUCCCGUCUCCUCCCCUCCCGUCUCCUCCCCUCCCGUCUCCUCCCCUCCCGUCUCCUCCCCUCCCGUCUCCUCCCCUCCCGUCUCCUCCCCUCCCGUCUCCUCCCCUCCCGUCUCCUCCCCUCCCGUCUCCUCCCCUCCCGUCUCCUCCCGUCCCGUCUCCUCCCCCCCGUCUCCUCUCCUCCCGUCUCCUCCCUCCCGUCUCCUCCCCUCCCGUCUCCUCCCCUCCCGUCUCCUCCCCUCCCGUCUCCUCCCCUCCCGUCUCCUCCCCUCCCGUCUCCUCCCCUCCCGUCUCCUCCCCUCCCGUCUCCUCCCCUCCCGUCUCCUCCCCUCCCGUCUCCUCCCCUCCCGUCUCCUCUCCUCCCAUCUCAUCACCACCUACUCUCCCAUUUCACCCCCUCUCUCACUCCCCUCCCAUUCCCCGCUUCCUCCCCUCCCCAAGGCCUGCGCCACGCGCAGCAGUGGGAGGGCUAUUUCUUCCCCAUCUCCUCCCUUUGAAUACCUACCAUCCCUUCCCCCUCCCCUUCCCAUCCCCUCCCCACACCAUCCCUCCCCCUCCCCUCAAGAUCUGCGCCAAGCGCAGCAGUGGGAGUGCUACUUCUUCCCCAUCUCCUCCCCUGCAUGUGUGCUCGAGGCCAUGGCAGCCCAUGAGAAAGGGGAGGCACCAGAUAUUCGCGGGAACGACGUGAGAGAGAGCAUGCUGGCUGGCGACACACAGGUGGUGUACCUCGCACUCUCAUCCCUCUAUGGGGACGUUGAUGCUGCCAAAUCGAGGUGGGGCAAACCAUGGCUGGAUCGGCCUUACACCAUUCAACAGCAAAACUCCAUCUCGAGCAUGUAUCCAGACUGGAUGAUGGCUCGGUGGUGGCGGGCUCAAGCCGUCCGUUUUUUGCUCCGCUGGCCGUCCGCUCAUCUCUGCCACGUCAUCAACCGUGUCCGCCACGUCAGCUAUGGACGCCUCAUGGCCGAUCGCGUGACAGCAGUUGCUGCCCAGCAGGCGAGCAUCAUCGAAUCGCUGAACGCCACCUCGGGUGCCAGCUCAGCAGCCACGUCAGCUGCCAGCUCAGCGGCCAACUCAACAGACACGGCAACUGCCAGCUCAGCAGCAGAAAGAGGCGAUCCGCUGGAUUACCUGCUGCUGCUGAUCGCUGCCAAGGCGAGGGCAACCGAGACGGAAAUCCUCGCAGCCAAUGGCAGCGCGACACGUCUACGGUCGUUGCAUUCGCAUAUCUGGCCAAUGAGGGGCGUUUCAGGCUGCUCUGGCAAGUUCGGGAGGAGCACCACCACCAUCAGCAACCCUAGCAGCGCUGGCACCGCACUCAACCACUCUAACUCCAAACACCCGAGCGGGAACGCUACGGAUACGGGGGGGAGUGAGAGGAACGACGUGGGGGGAGACAGUGAGGGCACGGGGAAUGGGGACCCCGGCGUGGGAGGGGAGGUGCAGAUGGUGCGGCCGGUGGUGAGCAUGCAUGUGCGGCUGAGCGAUAAAGUGUCUGAGAUGGAGCUUCACCCGCUACCGACGUUCAUGCUUGUGGCUGCCCGGCUGAGAGCGCACCAGCCAGACCUGAAGCACGUCUGGCUGAGCACAGAAGUGCAGAAGUGCAGUCUGUAA